AGAAAAUGCCGUCUGUCAACAUGAAGGUGUGAGGAAGCAAGGGGGAAGGGCAGGGCCGCUUGCUUGCAAGCUUUCCAGGCCAUGUCAGGCCAAGUGAAAGGGUGAACCACAAUUUUAACCCGGAACCGGUUGCCAUCGCAGGAUGGCGUCUCCUUUGCAGUCUGAGCAGCUCAAGUACUCGUCUGAACCCCUGCAACAUCACAUGUCAGGACUUGACUCCAAUGGAAAGACAUCCCUCCUACAAGACAGUGAUUCAUUUGUGACUCCGCCCAGGAGACGUUCAGCAAAGGCAGGAGCCACCCCCUACCCUGACGUCAGGAAGCCCACACCACGUUCGGAGGUGACAUCAGCAAGUCCAUUGAAAGGGGAAUUGGCUGGAGUCAGGACCGUUGCAAUCCCGGUGAUGCAAGGCAUCAAAGUGCUGAUUGAGGAGAAGGAGAAGGAGCUGACUGCGCUAAGUGAGCGGCGGGUCAAGGGGGUGGAGGCGCAGGCAAAGAGCCUGGCAGAAGAUCUGCGCAGGAAAGAAGCCGAGAUUGCCACUCUGCAAAGUCAACUCUCCCAACUUACUUCCGACUUCAAGUACAACCUGAAGCUGCUUGACGAGAGGGAUGCAGAGCUUGAGAAACAGGACCAAGAACUGUUGGCAUUUAGAAAGAGUGUUGCGGGUUUGGAGGCGCAGUUACAUGAGGUUCGCAGGGGAGAGGGGCAGUGGCGGGAGGAAGCGGAGCGGAUGCGGCAGAGGGUGGAGGAAAUGGAGGAGGCAAUCGGGGCGUAUCAAGAGGUCGUGGCAAAAGUCCGUGACCAGCUAGAGGACGCCAAGCGCCUGCGCGACGAGGAGGUUGCGAAACAGGCUGCAGAGACGGGGGUGCUCAAAGCGCACCUAGGGGAAUUGAACGCUCAGCACGAGGCAGACGUCGAGGCGGCCGUUCAAAGAGCGGAGGAAAGCUUUCAGGCCGAGAGAAUUGCGACGGAGAAACGGGUCUCAGAAAUGCGGAGCAAGUUGGAAGAGGGGGAGAAUCGGAGACGGGAAGAAGUGCGCAGUUUGCAAGCCGAAGUGGAGGUGGCUAGAAAUAAGGGGAACGAGCGGGUUGCGGAGGAGAGGGAAAAGGGGAAGCGGGAAGUGCAGAAGGUGCAGAAAACGGUGGACGAGACGAGCGUCCGGCAGUUGAAACUCGAAGAAGAGCAUAGGACGAAAACCGAGCUGCUGCGGAAGCAACUAGGCGCGGAGUACCAGGCGGCGCUACUGAGGCUGCAGAAGGAGCACGGUGCUGACGUCAGCGCGCGCGUGCGCGCUUUCGAGCGGGAGCGCGAGGCCCUGGAGCGGCAGGCGGGGGCCUGGGAGGAGGAGCGAUUGACACUGGCGGCGCGGCUGGAGGCUGCGGAGAGGGAGGCGCGCGGCGCCGGUGUCAAGUGGGAGGAGCGGGUGCGGGCCUUGCAGGAGGAACGGAAGCAAGGCGAGCAGCAGACGCAAGCGCUGCAGGCCCGCGUCACGGAGCUGGAAGGGCUGACGUCAGCGCAGUCUGCGGAGCUAGAAAACGCGCAGCGGCAGUCGCGCAUGCUGCAGGCCCUCGUGGACGAUCUUCACGCGGCGCUGCAGGCGAAGGAGGAGGCGACACGUGGCCUGCAGAAGCGGCUGGACGAACUAGAGGGUGCCAACGUGGCCGCCGUCGCGGCCCUGGAGCGCGACAAAGCAGAGGCCGAGGCGUCCUUACGUCAGCAGCUGCUGGGCGAGUACGAGGCCAAGGUCGCGGAGCUUCUGGACGCCCUGCGGACGAUGGAAGAGCACGUGGCGUCCGAAUCGGACGCCACGUCGCAAAAGUUGGCGGAGCAGGUCGAAGCCCACGGGAGAGAAGUAGAAAGACUGGAAGGGCUGUUGGAAGGGAGCCGGCGAAAGGUUGAGGGGUUGGAGAUUGAGUGUCGAGAAGUGAAGGAGGAGCGGGAGAGGGAGAGAGACGAUGCGCAGUUUGUGAAGAGCACGUUGGCGGCGCGGGACGCGGAAGUGGAACUAUUACGGGGCGAAGUGGAAAGCAUCCAGAAAGAGGUGGAGAAUCUGAGCGAGGAGCGGACGGUUCGGACGCAGGAAGAGAAAGUUCGGACGGAAGAGGCGUCCGCGCUGCGUGUGGAGCUGUCCGCACGAGAAGCGGAAGUGGUGCGGCUUGCAGAGAUGCUGGAGAACGCGCGGCAUCAAGCCGAAGGCUUAGGAUUAGAGGUCGCGCAGAACGACGGUUUAGGGUUUGGAACCGCGGGCAGGAGCGUCGGAGGAUUUGGGGGUUUGGGCGCCGACGGUUUCGCGCUGGUACGGAAGUUGGCCGCCGAGAACGAGGAGCUUCGGAGGCGAUUGCUGGGCGCAGAGGCGACGACGCCGAACGCAGUUCCAAACCCGGGGGGGUUAACGGACGGGCCGGGAGCACACGAAGGGUUACUGAAGUCGCGGACUGUGCGUCGGUAUUCCAGAGACGAAGUGCGGACGGUCUCUGGUUUUGCGGACGGUGAAGAAGAGUCGCGUGGGGGCGAGCUUGGGCAACGAGAGGGUUUGGAGGAACCGGGUUUGGGGCGCCUUGGUUUUGGCGAGCAGGGUUUUGUGACGGACAGUGGUCCGCCAAUGGGGCUGCAGGUUGACCCGCGCCGGUCUUCUUCUCCAGCGAUUGCGAAGCUCCAGCAAGAGAUGCGGGCAGUGAGGCAAACCGUUGCGGCUCUGCGCUCGAGCCACGUGGCAGCUGUGGAUGCAAUCUCUUCGGAUGGGCGACACGUGUCGCAUGCUGAGGGCGAUUCUCAAAGCCGGGAAGCACGAAGAGCUCCAAGGCCGCCAUUCGCGGACGGCCGCAAUUUCGAUACGUCUGGGCCAAUGGAAGAGUUGGCGACGCUUCGAAACGAGCUUUUGGCGCUGGGACUGGAGGUCACGGCCGUUAGGGACGCAAGGGAAAUAUCGAGCAGACCGGAACGGGAGGACACGGAACCGGAUCCGACAACGGAUUCCGAUCUGCAUGCACUCGGCAACGAGCUACUUCAGCUUAAGGCUGUGGUGCAGAGCUUGGCCGCUCCAGAAACUGGCCGAACGCGGGUCGAGGCGGGGGACCGGAGAAACGUUUUCCGCGAAGGCAAGAAGAGUGAGAACCAAAGUGGGCAACGGGCAGCGCAAACCGACGCUGUGACGAUCGGUGUACUUCAGCAGAUGAAGGAAAGCGUGGCUGCGCUGAGAGCCGAAGUCGCCAGCCUGCAGCGAGCAGAAGUUGGUGCUGUGGGACGGCAGCAAGUCGAUGCACCGUUUGCUAACCCGGUUGCGGGUUUGGUGGGCGAGUUCAGGGCAGGGGUUAACCCCGGCCGGUUAAGCGAACCGACCGAGGGGUUUUCCGGGGGCUUCGGGACCCCAAUCGCAUUGACAGGAAGGGAUGCGCAUCUCAACGGAGAGGCGUUAAAAUUGCGUCAGCAGGUGACGUCAGCGGGGACGGCUGCUGAUGUGGCCGCCCUGCAAGAGAGCGUCGCCCAGUUGACGCGCGACCUGCUCGCCUUGAGGUCAGGAGCCGCACCUCUCGGUUCCGGUUCCGGUUCCGCCCACGGAGUGCAGCAGCUUGUCACCAGCGGACUGACAGGAAAGGCGAGUGGCGGGCAGGUUUUCGCUACAAAGGCGGGUGAGGUUUGGACCGAGGGUGAGGAAGCGCGGAACGACCUCAGGGGACCGGAACGGAAUAGUCCGAUGCUUGUCCCGUCCGAGCUUCUUCAACGAGAGAUUGCGGAAGCGCAGGCGGAGCUGGCUGCCCUCAGGAGCGGAAGCAAGGCUUUUCCGGCCUUAGGAACGGAGCGGGACAGGCCGGAAUCAGGGAGCGGACUCGUGAUUGAAGGAAUGGAAGUCAGCAAGGAAGGCCGGUCUUCAGUGCGGUGGGCGGACGGAGAGUCCACGGAAGGCGUCGAGCCGUCUGAACGAGUUUCCCAGGAAGCCACGGGGAAUAGCGUUUGGGGAAGUCACCCCGGGCAGGCGAGGGGGAUCCCUCGGGGGCCUUUGCUGACGUGGACCGACUUAGCGACCUGUCUGGAGCACAGCGAAAACGAACCGGGCAGAGAACGCUUCGUUCUAGUGGAGGCAGCGAGUGUUGGCAGCGGCCGAAAUGGUGCAUCCGUGCGUGCAGCGCAGCGCGUGCACUCGGUUGAAAAAUUGCUAGUCAAAAAUGCGAGAGAAAAUGCAUACAUUUCAAGUAAACCGUUUAGUUACAGUAAGAAGUGGGGGCAAUCCAGCGGGACGGCUCCCCUUAGAACAGCAAAGUCAGCGGCUGAAGUGCCGCCACAUAUAGCUAUAAAUGCGGCGCAUAGGAAAGAGAAGCAGAACAAAGUCGGGGAUGCCCCAAAACUGAACCGAGCAAACCCGACAACCCUCUUUUGAGGUCGCCUCGAAGUAAGUUGCGUUGUAAAUUUGACUCGAAUCAUGGAGUCUGAGCUUCGUUCCAUUUUAGACAGUGCCA